GGUUAUUAUUGUUUCUGGGGUUAGUGUUUCUGUGUUGAUGUUAAGAUAUAAAGGGAACUUUUAAUUCCUUUUCCUUGGUUUUUCUUUUUUUGCUUCAACAUUCUUUUUUGCUUAUUCACUACAACAACAAAUAACAUAUACUACUCCUAUUUACUAUAACAAGGAAACUUAUUUACAGAUAUCACAACAUACUAUAACUCAUUAAUAUUACAAAAUGUGCAUUGCAAUAGCUACUACAAAUCAUCCAGAUUUCCCGUUCAUACUAUUAUCAAAUAGAGAUGAAUUUUUUAAGAGACCAACCAUGCCUGUCCACUUUAGAUCGAUAGAGAACGGUAUCAAGUUGCUAUCACCGUUGGAUUUAGCAAGACCGGAACAUGGGACUUGGAUAGGUGUUACAACCAGUGGUAAGGUUGCAGUAUUAGUCAACUACCAUGAAGCUGACUCUUCAAGAGCUAUCGGUGAGAUAUCAAGAGGAAUAUUACCAUUGGAUUAUCUUUGUUCAACCGAGCUGGAUGACGAAUGGAGAGAGAAUCUUGAAAAGGUUCAACUAGAUAAGAUUGGAGGGUUCACUUUAUUAUAUGGCCAACUAUCGUUAGAUCCAAACACGUCAAAGAUAAAUAAUUUGAAUAUUGUUAGUAACCGUGGGGAACAUGGAAAAGUAUUCCAAUCUGAUGGUGCAAAAACUGAGGAUGAAAUUGCAUGCAAAUCAACGUUUGGAUUAUCAAAUUCGUUAUACAACGAACCAUGGAAAAAGGUUAAAAUUGGUGAAGGUUUAUUGGAUAAAUUAAUAGACGAGUCCGUUGAAAAGGGCUAUUCUCAAGAAGUAUUGGUUGAUAAAUGCUUUGACUUAUUGAGUAACGAUACUUAUGAUCGAAAUAUCAUUGAUAGUAAAGAUUUUGAAAAGAAAAUUAUUGCCUUACGGGAUUCUGUAUUUAUCCCACCAUUAAUUAGAGCUGGAAUGAAACGAGAUUGCAUUGCAGUUGGAAAAUAUUAUGGUACACGUACUCAAACUAUUAUUUUACUAGAUAAGACUGGGCAUCUUAACUAUUACGAAAAGAAUAUUCAUAAUUCCGAUGAUUUGGUCGAAGAAGAUAUGGUUGCCCAUUACAAAUUUAGCAUUUUGCAUCAUCCAAAUGGUGUUAUGAAAAGGUGACUUAGUUUGUCUUAGAUAUAUAAUUUUCACCUAAUAAACCAAAGUCAUAUAUUACUAAAUUAAUUUUUUGAAUUUGAUACUACCGUACUCGUAAUUUAUUCCUGAUUUCUUUUUAUGUAUAUAGGCAAAUAUUCCAACAUUGCAUUUAUAUGAUCUGGUAUCAAAAAUGGAGACUUUGUUGUUUUUAGCAUUACUAGUUG